CGCUUUCGACCUCUACCGCUGACUCGGGCUCAGCGCCGCCACCCCCAACAUGGCACCUCCCCAUCCCACACACCUACAACAUGUACGAGAUCCCCACCGCCUCGAACGCGUGCGCGUCGCCUCUUCAUCAACAUCUCUCGCCGACUCGGACUUAGUGGGCAAGCACCUGCUCAAGGGCCUGGCACUCACGACGGGCUGCGCGCUCGGCUUCGCCCCGCCGACGCGCGCCAAGUGUCUCGCGAGCUAUACAAAGUCGUCGUGUGGGACUGACGGAGGGCGCCCGAGCGUGAAGUAAACAUGCUGCGAGGUCUAGAGACGCCGCAUCGACGCAUCUCGCAUCUGUGCCCAGCUCCGACGGGCACGCUUGCGCUCAAUCUGCCUCGUCCUCGCUCACACCCUCGCUCACACCCUCGCCCGAGCAAGACUCAGACCCAGCCGCCUCGCCCAAGCAAACGAAACCAAAGAGCAGCAAGGACCGCUCGGAGACCGCCUCCAGCGGUGGGUGGUGGGGCGCGCCCUCGGGGCUGUCGCGGGCAUCAACGCGCGCGCGCUGCAGCUCUUUGAGCGCGUGGUCGACGGCGCGACGUGGCGCAACUUGCACUGGCUGCCGCACCAGGUGCUCGCGUACGAGGUACGCAUGCCGGAGGGGUACGGCAUGCGGUGGUCACAGGAUUGGAAGGGGGUCGAGCUGGGUGAUCGUGGGUUGGGGAUGGGGGCGAUGGAUGGGAGGAGAACGAGGGGCAGAACGAGGGCGCAGGGGAGGGAAACGCGGUGGGGGAGGAAGGAGGAGCGGAGGAGAGACAGGAGAGACGGUCAAGGUCAUGGGUCUUUCGAGGGUUUCUCGAGCCGAUGAUGGAGAAUGGGCACGAGCUGGGGUGGAGGCAUUGAUCGAUCAGCGAGAUCAGCAGUCAGCGCUUCAGCUCUGCAAUAGUCGCUGAUCCGGCCUAUAUGGCGGAUCGAUCGCAGUGCUGGCGAGAGGAUCUGUAUCAGCCUGAGCUAUUUCAGUCCCCCCAGGAUUUCGUGGGCCGCCGGCAGAAUGACGCAAGGGCAGUAAACUGGUCACCAGGUCAGUAGUCUCCCCAAGGCAGACCCUAUAUCAUAAGAUAACCGUUCUUGAACCUUGAUAUUGCAUCUCUCCUAAUCGUCUCAACUACGCUCGACGCUCGAUACCCAAACAUCAUCGACCAUGGCAUCCGCAAGCGGCCCUCGUGUGUGGUUCAUAACCGGAUCCUCCUCCGGCUUCGGCCUCGAACUUACCCAGCUCCUCCUCGCGCAAGGCGACACCGUCAUCGCCACGCUCCGCACGCCUUCCGCACUCGCCUCCCUCGCCGCAUCCUACCCGCCCUCGCAGCUCCUCGUCCUCCAGCUGGACGUCACAUCCGCCUCUGCUGUGCGCGCCGCGUUCGCCCGCGCUGUUGAGACCUUCGGGCAUAUUGACAUCGUGUUCAACAACGCGGGGCAGAUCUUUCUUGGCGAGGUCGAGGCCGUGGACGAGGAGAACGCGCGCAGGCUGAUGGACGUGAACUUUUGGGGCGCGACGCACGUUACCCAGGAGGCGGUGCGGGUUUUCCGGGAAGUGAACAGGCCGCAGGGCGGGCGGCUGUUGCAGGUGUCGUCGAGGUUGGGCUUGGUGGGCGGGCCGGCGGGCGGGUUUUAUGCUGCUUCUAAAUUCGCGCUCGAGGGCCUCACCGAGUCGCUCUACAAAGAACUCAACCCCGCAUGGAACAUCAAAGUCUCCCUUAUUGAGCCAGGUCCAUUCCGCACUAAACUCGUGGGCACAGGUGGCAACGUACACGUCGUCCCCCCGCAUCCUGCGUACGAAGACCCAUCGCUGCCCUCUGCGCAAUUCCGGGCGUUCGUUACGUCGGGCGCAGUGGACGGGGACGCCGUCAAGGCCGUCAAAGCGGUGGAGAGGUUUUCGAGGCUCGAGAAUCCACCGUUCAGGCUGCCAUUGCACAAGCGCGUUAUUGCGAGUCUGAGGGAGAAGAUUGGGGAGCUGAGUAGGACGGUGGAGGAGAUGGAGGGGUGGUCGGAGGAUUUAUAUUUCGAGGAGUAGGUGGCUGAAAUGAAUACUGUAUAGGUAUGACAUGC